AUGGGGGCCGCGGCGUCGGCGACGGCGGCAGAGGCUGGCGGCGGCGCCUGGGCACCGCAGUCUGCAGCAGCCCUGCAGCUCCUCGACCGCUGGCAGCACUGCGGCGACAGCGGGGGCAGCAGCAGCGGGCAGGGUGGUGGGAGCUGGCAGCAUGGCAGCCACACGUCGAUGCGGCACCUGAGCCUCCGGCCCGGCGGCGGCGGCAAGCAGCAGGCGGCAGCAGAGCAGCAGCCCCCCGACUCCCUGGCAGCAGCGGGGGAGGACUUUGGCAACGACGUCGCGCAAGCGGGCCUCGACGCCGCCAGCAGCAGCGCCGGCAUGGCGGCAGCAGACAGCGCAGCGGGCGGCGGCUGGGCCGCGGCCGCGUCGGCCACGCCUGGCGUGGCCGACCUCUUCACCGCCAGCGCCAUUGUGGCUGCCGCGGCGGGGGCAGAGGAGGAUGCGCUGGCGGCGGCCCGCGAGGACUCCUGGCUGCCCACCCGCUUGAUCCAGGGCCUGCUGACGGGGCUUCACGGCGCACUGGGGCUGGAGUGGUGGCAGUCCAUCAUGGUGGCCACCUGCGCCAUGCGGCUGGCCACGCUGCCCAUCAUGAUCAUGCAGAUCAAGAACACGUACCGCAUGUCCCUGGCUCGGCCCGAGAUGGAGGUGCUGAUGAACCAUGUCAAGGAGGAGCAGGCCAAGGGGAACAUGGAGGCGGCGCUGGAGCACCAGCAGCACGUGAUGGCUGUGUGGAAGAAGUACAACUGCAACCCCUUCAAGUCCAUGGCCGGCAUGCUGGUGCAGGCCCCCAUCUUCAUCGGCUUCUUCUCAGCCCUGCGCGGCUUUGCGGCGCACAAGGUGCCGUCGCUGACCGAGGGCGGGGCGCUGUGGUUCACAGACCUCACGGUGGCAGACCCCACCUACAUGCUGCCCGCCCUGGCCGGCCUCUCCUUCCUCCUCACAAUCGAGCUGGGCGCGGCAGACGGCAUGCAGGGGCAGCCGCCCGAGAUGCAGAAGAAGCUGAAGAAUGUGAUGCGGGUGGUGGCGCUGGUCAUACCGCUCGCCUCCACAGCCCUCCCUGCAUCCGUCUUCAUGUACUGGUCGGCCAGCAACGUCUUCUCGCUGCUCCAGACCUCGCUGCUCAAGGUGCCGCUCGUGAAAUCCACGCUGGGCAUACCCGACCUCAGCAAGCUGCGGCAGCCCUCGCAGGCGGAGCUGGUGGGCAAGCCAGUACAGACCUUCACCCACCAGACCCGCCCUCGCAAGCUGCCCAAGCUGAAGCGGCCGCAGGGGGAGGAGUGA